CGAUCUCUCCACACUAUACAACAGACGCAGACAGAAGAGGACGCACUAAGACAAGAGCCGAGUGAUGAUACCGGGUUAAAGAUAAAUCAGCCAGAGCUAAAGAGACAAAAGUUGCUCGCCACGAUUAAACUGACACCGCGGUUUUCUUUUCCACUGAACAUCAUCCUCGUCCACGGCUUCAAGUUUCAAAUGGACAGACACUUGGAGACGCCUGGCUCAACAAGCAUGGGAUUAUUUCUGUAAUGUGGAUUGCUACUCCCUUGCAAGAAAAUAAAGAUCUGCUGCGGAACAAUGUGAGACGUUGUGCAUCUUGGAUUCUCGUGUUUCUGGAUAUCUUGAAAAUAAUUGGCAACAGUUGAGACAAAAAGAAGAAGAAGUAGUUAACACGCGAAGGAUUGUAUCCUUGGGACCAGCAUGGAUUUGCUUUUAAAACCUCCUGCCCUUUCAGAGAAGUUUUAGCCGGUCCUCUUGUAUAUUGUUGUACUUGUGAACUUCAUGCUUGAGAACAAAAAGCCACAUUUGGCCUGCUGAUUUUAUUUUUUUCUAAACAAAUAUCGUCUGCCCCCUUGGAUUGGAUUUCAAACACCAUGAACUUUAUUGACAGUUUGACACUAUUAUUUUUGACGCUGUCAGCUGUCAAGAGUGCCCACAUACCGAGGGAAACAGAAAGAGGUCCACAUAACGUGAUCCCUCUGAUGGAGGUGUACAACAAGAGUUGGUGUCAACCUCGGGAGCUUUUGGUGGAAAUUCUGCAGGAGUAUCCAGAUGAGGUGGAGCACAUCUUCAUCCCGUCAUGCGUCGUUUUAACACGCUGUGCCGGCUGCUGCAACGACGAGAUGCUGCAGUGCACGCCGACAUCCACUUAUAACGUUACAAUGGAGAUUAAAAGAAUUAAUCCCAGGAGGCAAAAAAAUGAUAUUUUCAUGAGUUUUACAGAACACAGCGCAUGCGAGUGUAGGUUAAAGAAUGAAGGGACAGAAAAGAAAGAAAAAAAAUCCCGGACAGGCAGGAAUAAAGGCCAAAAGAGAAAACGAAAGAAAAACCCUGAAAAAACAAUUCAUGAUGCUGUUUGUGAGCCGUGUUCAGAGAGGAGAAAGCGUUUGUUUGUACAGGACCCUGCAACCUGCCGGUGCUCCUGCAAACACACAGACGAAUACUGUAAAGAACGCCAGCUAGAGCUCAACGAGAGGACCUGCAAAUGUGACAAGCCAAGAAGAUGAGAGAAGUGGGGGCACCAGAUGUACAAGAUGAAGGAAUAUAUUAGAGAUACUUCACAGCACGCACUUUUUGACCUUUGAACCGUAAGCUCUUCUUUUCUGUGGAAAGCAUUCCCCAUGGACCGAAACAGAACAAAAAGAAGGACUGAACUGAAAUUUCCUCCCACUGUAUAUCUGUGUGUACAUAGACCACAUUUAAAGAGAGAAAAAAAAAGAAUAUACAGAAUUGUUGCUGCUACUGUAAUAACUAAGCCCAUGAUUCGUCUAAAAGCAAAAUAGGAGCUAUGUGGUUUUGCAUUUCUAACAGGCUUGCAGUGCAGGUGUAGUCUUAUCGUCAGAUCAUUGUGUACAAUUACUCCACUGGAUACGAGUCUACUGUGGUUGUGUUUCAAUCAUAACAUGCGAAACCUCUCAAUCUAAUAUAUAUUUAACUGCUAAAACAGCAGGCAAGACUGAAGAGGAUGUGGGUGUCUUUUUUUUUCUUUUUUUUUAAGCGAUGGAUGGACCUUUCUCAGACGACGUUUUGCCUUUUUUCUCCUCGUGAUACCACUUCCUUCCCUCUGAAGACUGUGCAGCACUGACCUGUGCUUACAUGGGUCACGUCUGUGAUCAGAGGAGACUCUGAAGUGCCAUAUACUUUUAAAGGGAUACUGGUCAUCGAUAUAGAGUUUGUAUGUAUUGCUAUGUCCUACAAGAAAACCACUGUAUGAUUGAUUCCAUUUGAAAACUGUGCCUCACGAAAGAGUACUGCUUUUUAAAUUAUUUUUGUCUGCAUUGUUUCAGGAGUCUGUCAGCUGUCGACGUAGUUUUCUUCGAUGUUGAACUCAAUACAGAAUCCAGUGAUUAUACAGUUUCUCUAAACCUGUACAUACUUAAUAUCCCUUUACGCCAUAGUUCAUUCUAGAUAAUUUAUGUUAUAGAGUAUUUUUCAGUAUUCAGUCUACCCAUAUUUAAUUUGGUCUAUUUAUGUAUGCAGUGUUAUGUACCUGUGGCUGUCCUAUCUCCCCAUGUGUAAGGUCACUGAUGGCUACUCUCGUUUCUACGAAACAAAAUAAGCAACAACAAAAAAAUCAUAAAUGAUUUUAACAUUCCCUAAAUUGAUCAUUUGUACUGAUAACACCUCCUCCUUUUCAACCCGUCUCAUCUAAGGGCAAUUUCAACUUGUGUGUGUGUGUAAGAGUUAAUGUCUAUAUGAGUGAUUGAAUGGGAUACAUCUGUGUGAAGUAAGUAUUUAAGUAUUUAAGUAAGUAGUGGACGUGUGUUUUGUACACGGCCCGAGAUGCAAAUAUAAAAAAACUACUGCUCGCAGCUCAGUAUACAAUACUACAACACUACCACCGUUUUCAAAUCUGGAUAACAAUCUGCAUCUUUCUGCCAUCAGUCUUAGAGCCCUAAUUAUUAGAUCCCUUUGUCUCUUCCUCACUAUUAACAUGUUUUCUUUGUCUGUGUAAACAGUAAAGCAUAUUUAUUUUCAAAUCAUAUUGUUUUAUAAAAAAUAAGAAAAAGGUUGCUGUGUUGUGAAUGCUGUGUUUUUCGGAAAUUUAAUUGGGCAGCGGUGUUCUUCUGUUUUUGUGCGGCAAAGUGACAUUCGCACAUCUAAUAAUAAUGAAAGGAAGCCGAAGAGACGAAUAAGAAACUCCUGCACAUAAAUAUAUAUAUUUUUUAUGAGAGACCGAUAUUCAGUUCAAUGAAUAAAAUGCCACCUUAAAGCACCAUGCAAUAUCUUCAUUU